AUGCAGCAGCAGCUACUGCGACCAGCGCUGCACCGUCACAGCCAGCAACCCGUGACCGACCAGCAGCGAGAGCUGCAGCAGCAUUGCUCACAACAGCACUACAUAUGUGGACACCAGGAGCUGCAACAACAAGCAGCAGGACCUGCAGCAGCAGCAAACCAGGAGCGGCGCUUGGGCGCCGUCCCAAACACCCUGAGGUCCAAGGGGCCCCUCAUAGCUGCUGGAGCAGCAGCAGCCGCUGCCGCAACUGCUGCUGACAUAAUUUCCCUAUUUGACUCUCAGUUUCGUAAAUGCUUACGAGCGGUGGAGUUUACGUAG